AUAGGCACAUACACACACCUGCUGCACAUGCAUACACAUAGGCUAGUACCCACAUGCCUGCUGCACACAUAGGCAGAUAGGCACACCACACCUGCAUGCACACAUGCCUGCUGCACACAUGCACAUGCAGGCAUGUCCACAUACACCUGCUUCACAUAAGCACAUACAUACUUGCUAGACACACAGACAUAUGUGCUGCACACAUACACUUAGGCACAUACCUACAUGCCUGCUGCACAUGUACACAUGCAGGCACAUAGCCACAUACCUGUUGCAUGCACAGACAGACCUGCUGCACAUGCACACAUAGGCACGUAUCCACAUGCCUGCUGAACAUGUAGGCACAUAUGCACAAUCCUGUUGUAUGCACAUGUGGCCGCUGCACAUGCAGGCACAUACUGACACACCUGCUGAAUAUGGACACAUGUAGACACACACACAGACACGCUACAUACAUAUGCAGUGCCUCCUGCACAGGCACAUGCCAACACCCCUGGUGCACACAUACACACACGUGUUCCUGAUGCAUGCACAUGCGCGCACACCUACACAAGACACACAUAUGCUGCCUCAUUUGCUACCCAUGCAGAUGCUCCUCCUGUAUGAACACACAUGCAUACAUACGCAGACACACCUGCUGCACAUGCGUACGCACACGCUCUCCCACUCCACCUGCUACAGAGCAGCUCCCCUCCCCAUCAGCCCCCCUCUCCCCGGCCUUCCCGCACCCGCCUGCCCAGCAGAGAACAAUGCGCCGGAGGCCGGGAGAGGGCGGCUGAGCCCUGGCACACACAUACACACACCCACGGAGCGGUUGUAUCACCAGGAGCCGGCUGCCCGCCGGUUGUUGUGUACAGUUUGAGGAUCUCCAGGGGACUGGCAGCUGGGACAGGCGGCAGCAAGGCAGAGACAGGCUCGUUUGCUUACCAGCCUCGGGCCCGGGGAGGGCAGUGCCGGGGGGCAAUGCCUCCCCCCGCUUCCUGCUGACUCUGCUAGCCCUGUGGGGCGCAGGAAGCAGGCACGGCCCCAUGCCCACGGAUGGGGGGCAGCUGGCAGGCCAAGAGCCUGCUUUGGGCAGGGCUCAAGUGCAUCCAGGGUGUUUGGGAAACAGCUGAUGCCAGGACGGGCGCAGCCUGGCAGAGCCAUGCAGGUGGCAUCGACCGCCCGUCCCCACUAGACCACACAGCGCCGGCCGGACCAUGAAGGACACAGGGGACUCCAAGGACCAGCAGCUCACUGUAGCCCUACGGAUCCGGCCGAUCAGCAUGGCCGAGCUGGAGGAGGGCGCCACGCUUAUCGCACACCGGGUGGACGAGCAGGUGGUGGUGCUGAUGGACCCCAUGGAAGACCCCGACGACAUCCUGCGCGCCAACCGCUCCCGCGAGAAGUCCUAUGUCUUUGACGUGGCUUUCGACUUCACGGCCACCCAGGAGGUUGUGUAUCGCGCCACCACCAAAGGCCUCAUCGAGGGCGUCAUCUCCGGCUACAACGCCACUGUCUUUGCCUACGGCCCCACCGGCUGCGGGAAGACGUACACGAUGCUGGGCACGGACCAGGAGCCGGGCAUCUACGUGCGCACCCUCAACGACCUGUUUCGCGCCAUCGAAGAGACCAGUGAUGACAUGGAGUACGAGGUCUCCAUGUCCUACCUCGAGAUCUACAACGAGAUGAUCCGGGACCUGCUGAACCCGGCGCUGGGCUACCUGGACCUGCGGGAGGACUCCAAGGGCAUCAUCCAGGUGGCCGGCAUCACUGAGGUCUCCACCAUCAACGCCAAGGAGGUCAUGCAGCUGCUGACGAAGGGCAAUAAGCAGCGGACACAGGAGCCCACGGCUGCCAACCUCACCUCGUCACGCUCCCACGCCGUGCUGCAGGUCACCGUCCGCCAGAAGAGCCGCGUCCGCAACGUGCUGCAGGAGAUCCGCCUCGGCCGCCUCUUCAUGAUCGACCUGGCCGGCUCCGAGAGGGCCUCGCAGACGCAGAACCGGGGGCAGCGGAUGAAGGAGGGCGCCCACAUCAACCGCUCGCUGCUGGCGCUGGGCAACUGCAUCAACGCCCUGAGCGACAGGGCGGGCGCCAAGUACGUCAACUACCGCGACAGCAAGCUCACCCGCCUGCUCAAGGACUCGCUGGGGGGCAACAGCCGCACGGUGAUGAUCGCGCACAUCAGCCCGGCCAGCACCGCCUUUGAGGAGUCGCGCAGCACCCUCACCUACGCCGACCGUGCCAAGAACAUCCGCACCACGGUGAAGAGGAACCUGCUGAACGUCUCGUACCACAUUGCGCAGUACACCAGCAUCAUCUCCGACCUGCGCCGCGAGAUCCAGCGCCUCAAGGGCAAGAUUGACCAGCAGGGCUCCCGCCCAGCCCUCACCCUCGCCCCUGGCCUGCCCGACCACGGCAACAUCCGCCACAUCCAAGCCGAGGUGCAGCUGCACAGCUCCCAGUGCACGCGGAGGGACACGGAGCAGCUGCAGGCACAGCUGGUGGGCACCUUCCAGGAGCAGAUGGACGUGCGACGCCACCUCCUGACGCUGGACAACGCCUGCACGGAGGUGCAGCUGGAGAGCUCCCGCCACCUGCUCACCGUGGCCGACUGGGAGCAGGAGAAGACGCAGCGUGCCCAGAAGCGGCGGGGAGAGCGGCGGAAGGAGACGCGGGGCAAGGACGAGAGCGAGAAGGACUCGGACACAGGGGACGACCAGUCGGACGUGCCCGAGCCGCCGGAGGUGGCCGCGGCCCGUGAGGCCAUCGCUGCCCUGCUGGGCGAGCAGAAGAAGCUGCACAAGCAGAAGGGGGAGCUGGAGCGGCGGCUGCGGGAGCUGCAGCAGCGGGGCCGGCGGCUGGAGGAGGCGCUGCCACGGCCCGUGGGUGCAGAAGAGCAGCGCGAGGCACUGGGGCUGCUGUGCCGCGUGCGCCAGCUGGAGGCAGAGAGCGCAGACCUGCAAUUGCACCGGGACGACGCAGCGCAACGCUUCGAGCAGCAUCGCCGCCUCUGCCACCAGAUCAUCCGCCAGCAGCGCCAGCUCAUCCGCGAGUACCACCUGUCGGUGCCGCGGCACCUGGAAGAGCUGUACGAGAUCUACCUGCGGGAGCUGGAGGAGGGCGGCUUGGACCGCGUGGCCAGCAAGACCCUCAAGCUCCCCCAGCUCCCAGCGGGCGACGGCGCGCUGGACUCGGACCAGGAGAGCGUGAGGACACUGGGCUCGGAGCCCCCGGCGCAGCGGGAUUCCCGCAGGAGCACCCUGCCCCCGUUGGUUGGCGAGGCAGAGAGUGACCCAGCCCAGAUGUUCAAGGCCAGCCCGCGGGCACAGCUGCUCAAGAGCUCGGCCGUGCAGACGCCGCCCCCCAUCCACGUCAAUGGCCUGGUGACCCAGGAGUGCCUGCCCCGGGACAGCCUGGUGAGCCUGGGCAGCCAGCGCACCUCCUCCCCGGAUAGCGGCGAGCUCUGCACCGACUUCGCCCUUGCGCACAGAGCAGAGCGCAAGGAGAUCCUGAGUGGCACCAAGAGCAUCGCGGUAAAGGCUGCCCGGCGCCGCUCCCGGGCCCUGGAGUGCGACCGGCUGCCCCUGCUGGAGCCGGCCAAGGAGCCAAGCAGCCUGUCGCUGCACUCGCUAAGCGAGAGCGAAGACCCCCUGUCCCCCGCCACCCCCCUGGGCCGCCGGGCACCGAGCCCCGGCCUGCCGCACGCCACCAGCGAGGACAACCUGUCCAGCAGCACCGGGGAAGCGGGCUCGCAGGCUGGUGGCACGCUCCCCAACCGCUCGCCCGGGCCCUGGCUCCGGGCGCACAAGAAAGGCAGCAAGAAGCUGGAGAGGCGGGAGGAGUCGCUGGAUGCCAAGCGGAGGAAGCGGCGGUCCCGGUCUUUCGAGGUCACCGGCCACGGGCUCUCUGGCCUGAAGAGCAACGUGCCACGUUGCAGACCCCUGGAGACCAGCUCCGAGCACUGGCUGCUGGGAGGCAGCCAGCUGGCACCGCCCGCCCGGGUGCCCAGCAAAGCCCCGCUGCACCUGGCCAAGGUGCGGCUGCCGCAGAGCCAGCCCCCAGGUCCUGGGGACUCGCCCACGCUCCCCCUGGCCCUGGCCCACCCCGGUGGCUUGAAGAAAGGCCCCGCCACCAGCCAGCGCGCCCGGCCCGGCUACAUCGCGAGGAACGCUGGCAGCAAGGACGGCCGGAGCCACAGAUACUGAGGGGCUGAGCCCAGCUGGGACGGCCCGGGUUUCGCUGCCCCACAGCGCUGGGAAGCUCAGGGUCCCCCCCCCCCCCGCUGUGGGGUUCGUGCAGGGCCUGGGGCGCCCGGGGAGGACAGGGGUUGAAAUCAGGCUCUCCUGCACUGGGGCAUCCUGCCUGCCAAGGGGUCACAGGACCCGUGGCAUUUGGGGUGUCUGCAGACUCCCACCCCAUUGACGGGAGCCCCGGGGGGCUUCUGCAUUUCCAAGCAGCUGCUCUGGCCAUGACUCACGUUGCCAAACUCCUGGCUGGACCGGGGCCCAAUCCUGACCCUUUUGCAGCCGGCUGGAGCUGCGGUGCCUGGGAUUGGGACCCCCGGGGGCAGGGCGCAGGGCACGGAGGCAGCACCGCGGUUUGCGUUCCUCGGUCAGGCUGCAUUAAACACCGUGGCCGAGA